GUGACAUAUGAGGUUCAGGUGGCUAUAAAAGAAUCAACUGUGAAGUCCACUUAUCACUUUGCUACCUACCUUCAUACUUUCCUGACACAUUAUCUGAAGAAGAGACAGUCAUCAAAUUCCUCAUGAUGAAGGCUUCAGUUUUGCUCUGUCUUGCUUUUGCGUACAUGACAGCAGCUGCAGGUAAGACUAAAGUAGCGGCUGUUGAAGAAACACCAGGAGAGGUACAGAACUCUGUACCAGAUCUUACUUCAUCAGUGUCAACAGAGGAAGCUCAAGACUUUGGAGCUGAUGCACCAGCAGUGAUGGACGAAGUUCCAGAAAAUGGUGAAGAUGAGAUUGAUGCAGCUGUACGGAUGUUCUGUCCUCCUGGUUGGUUCAGACAUGGAUCACGCUGUUACCUCUAUGUUAGCUCUCAGAUGACCUGGAUCAACGCUGAGAAACACUGUGUAAACCAGCAAGCGGCACUCACAUCUGUGCAAAACCCAGAUGAAUACCGCUACCUGCAAAGUCUGGCUCAAGUGGCUGGCAAAUCAAUAGCUUGGCUGGGUGGAUUUUAUUUCCAGGGCUCAUGGCUGUGGAUUGACAGGACAGGUUUCUUCUACACCAACUGGCUCUCCCCGGCCAGCACCACUCACUACCAAUGCAUAUUCAUGCGCUCAACUGGUGGCUGGUCAAAUACUAACUGUGCAACUUCCUUACCAUUUUUCUGUGUUCGAGACCUAAAUUCUUGUAACUGAAGACCUAAGAAUGGGUCGUGGAUCACAUGUUCAGUACAAGUACAUCAGAACCAAUAACUUCAGCUUUGUGGUGGAAAAUAUGUGAAUGAAAACUAAAUAAUCUGUGUGUAUAGACUAUUAACAAUCAGUAUAAUAAACACCGUGGGUUGAUAUUAACAAACAGUAUAAUCACUAGGAUAUUCAUGAUAACAACCUAUUAAAACUACUAUACUUCUACAAAAUGAUUUACACUACUGAUAUGAAAUAAAUUAGGUGCACUCCAUGUUUAAACAUGUAUUAAGUCUGGGCACAGUGAUGUGUGGGGAGUAACUAUCCACAGGAUGGCUGCAGAAACCCUCUGCCUGCCAGCUGAAGGCCAAGGAGGCCCUCCCUGUCCUACUGCAAACUCACUUAUCUUAAGCUCGGCACAUUUUAGGCUCCCCUGUCUCACUGCACUAAUUCUAGUCCUGAAUGGGCACAUUUCUAACCAUGGGUGGCUUCAGAGUAUGCCUGGUGCAGGAGGUAAAGCCUCAGCUAUAAGGGGGAGGCACUGAUAACUGACCAAAGAUGACACAAAACAUUUCCAGGCUCUUAAUACUCCAAUUAAAAAGCCACAUAUACUGUAUCCUAUGGGGAGGGACAUAGAUGAUUUAGAGUGACAAGAGGGUCUCUUCAGAUGUAUAAAAAAGAAUGCAAAACUCUGUAACGCCAGUAUAGUCUCGCGACUUGUUCAGGUUUAUGCUGUUGGUAUUGCACUGGCAAAAUAAAUCUUUUUUGAUCCACA